CGCGUCGCGCCGCGGCGGCGUCGUCUGGGUGGUGCACGGCGGCGUGGCCAGACUCACCGACUCGACCAUCGACGACUGCCACACAUACGACGCCUCACCCACGUGGCACUCCUCGAUGACGCUCCGCGCUCGCUCUCGCCGCCUCGCCGCGCCGCCCGAGCCGUCGUUCGCGCCCGUAUCGGUCGACCCGCAUGGCACUCUGUCGCUGGCCAACACGGUCUUUAGCAACUGCACCGCCCAGACGGGCGCCUCGGCCGUCUUUGUUUCGGCGGAGGCCCACCUCCGCACGGCGAUGCUCUCGCUCGAGCUGCCCUGCCUCGCUGGCGUGCCGCCCGCCAUCCACGCCGACCGAGGCGCCGACCUCUCCAUCCGAGCGCUCAGCGUCUCGCAGCCCGACAACUGCCGCCGGGCCCCCGCGGAGCUCGCCGCGUCCGCCGUCUCGGGCGCUGCGGCUACUCUCGGCGCCGGCGUUAGCCUCGUCGGCGGCGAGCAGCCUGGGGCGGGCGAGGCGCCGGCCUCCCUCUGCUCGGCGGGCACGUGCGCCACAGACGCCGCGUGCACGGCCGACUACGAGGCGAUGGCGGACGCGCUGAUGGUGACGGCGCGCUGUAGCUGCGAGCCGCCGAACCUCCCCUCGCCGGAGGCGGCAUCGGCCGAGCUCGCGCCGUACGAGGGAGGCUGCCUGACGCCGCGCGAGGGCGUGACAGUCUCGGUGCCGCAGGCGGUGGCGGAGAACGUCGUGAUCGAGUUGUCCAAGACGUCGCGCCCCGAGACCGCCAACCGCACCAUCGUGCUGCACAUGGGCGGGUCCUCUUCUGCCGAGGCGAGGUGGACGGUCGACGAGGGCGCGCUGCCUCCGUGGCUCUCCGUGUGGCCAACCUCGGGCGUACUGCCCGCGGGCGUCGACAAGGCGGCGCUCUUCACCGUGAGCGCCUCCUCGGCGCACGUCGCCGAGCAGUCCGAGCCAUACACCGCCGCCAUCAACUUGACAGUCUCGUCGCAGCGCACAAAGCUGUUUCGCGUGCCCGUGCUCGUCAUCGUCGCGGUCACCACGAGCGCGAAGCACUCGAUGUGGGGCGAGGCGCGGCCGACCGAGGAGGGCAGCUUCGAGUGCGAGCGCGCCGACGCGCCCCCGCCUGUCGAGCUCGAGGUGGGCGAGGAGCGCGAGGUGGUCUUCACAGCUUGCGACUCGGAGGGGCUCCGCGUCGCCCACUCGCUGCCGUCGCUGCGCUCGGAGGCGGUGGCCGCCGCCGGGCCGAAGGCCUUCCACGUCGAACUGCACGACCGCGAGGGUCUUCGAGCCGCACGACCGGCGGAGAUGCUGUACGCCUACGUCUCGCUCGGCAGGUACAAGGCGACGGUGGCUUCGCCUCUUGUCGGUGACCUCGACCUGCUGCUCUACGUCGACGGCGCCCUGGUCGACUCUCGCCACGUCGUGGCGCGCUGCCCGCCGUACCUGGUCCCGCUGCCCGACCGCUCUUGCGGCUGUGACACGAACCUCGAGCCGGUCGGCGGGCUCGCAGAGUCGCAGGGCUGCCGCCCAUGCUACAUGGGCUACCACAAGGGGGCGCCUGGCAACGGGUCGUGCCAGCCCGACACGUGGCCCAUCAUCGUCUCUUCCGUCGGCGGCGCACUCGGCCUCGUGAUGAUCCUAGUGCUCGUCAUCUUUGCGCGUCGCAUCUACCAGCGCCACCUCCUCGCCAUGGCGGCCGCCGAGCGAGAGGGCGCCGAGAAGCGGCGCCGCAUCCAGGAGGCGGUCAAGGGCGUGACCAGCCUCAAGUUCCCACUGUCGGUGAUGCCGCUCUCCAAGCUGCGCGAGCAGGGCCGGCUGAUGCCGUACGAGGAAGCGCGCGACGCGGGCGUCCUGCGCUGCUGCGACACCAUGGAGGCGGCCGUCAGCUUCGCCGCCGACCACCCGCUGGUGUUUGUGUCGCACCAGUGGCUGUCGGCCAGCCACCCCGACCCUCACUCGCAGCACUACCCCAUCAUCCUCGAGGCGGCCGAGGCGCUCUGCGCGGAGCACGGGCUCGACCCGAGCAAGCUGCACCUCUGGCUCGACUACCACAGCAUCCCACAGGCCAACGAGGCGACCAAAUGGCUCGCAAUCGGCUCCAUCGCCCUCUACGCCGCCUGCUCGCACUUCUUCGUCGUCGCGGCGCCGCACGCGCUGCACGUCGACUCGAGCCCUCCGCGCCGGGUCGACGCAGAGACGUACCUGCGGCGCGGCUGGUGCCGGCUCGAGCAGUGGGCCUUCAUCGCCAUCAACGGCACACAGCAAAUGUACGUGUAUGAGACGUCCCUCGCGCGCAUCGCGGAGCGGCGGCGGUGGAUCGAGGAGUCGGUCAACGUCUUUCAGGGCGACUUCACGCUCGAGUCGGACAAGGCGCACCUCGUCGACGUGGUGCUCGGGCUAUACGGGCUCGCCGUCGUCGCCGCCAUCGAGCUGCGCUACCGCUCCGUCCGCGCCACGUCCGUCUCGAGCAGCGGCGGAGAGGCCCGCGUCACCGCCGUCGGCUCGCGCGCGACUCGCACGUCGCAGGAGGUCUCGUCGCGUCAGCUGACAGAGCUCAUCACGGAGAGGCGCGAUUUCAUCUUCCCUCCGGAGCACUUUGGCGACCUCGUUGACCGGCUCGAGGAGGAGCUCGAGAACGCCGCGCUUGAGCGGUUCGGCUCCGAGGCGGGCGUGAGGACCCCCUCGCCGGUGAGGGCGAGCGGCGACGGGCCGCGGCGAGCCAGCCACUGCGCGGCCAGCCAAGCCACCCGCUACGCCGCCUCGCCGCCCCGCCGCGUCUCGUUUGUCGACCCGCCGCCGCCAACGGGGGGGAGGCGGAGCUGCGGCGCGGCGCCUCCGCCGGUGCAAGUGCCACCUCCGCCGCGGCGCUUCAGCCUCGGCUUCGCCGGCCUCGCCGGCCUGCCGCCGCUGCAGGGCAUGAGCGGCAAGCCGCAGGAGCGGCGCAGCUCGGGGACGGCGCGCCAGCUGGCGCCGAUGGCUCCCGUCUCCGAGCGGCGCUCGCUCUCACGCCCCUCGCACGCGCGGUCGCAGUCUGGCACGGGGUGGAGGUGCCCGCCCGCCACGGGAGGGACGGUCGCCGAGGGCGACGACCGCAGCAGUCGGAGAUCGAGCACGGCGAUGGACGUCGUGACGACGUGACGCACCGGGGCUGUGUGCGUCAUCAACUCAUCAAUACGAGAAGAGGGAGGGAGCGUUGUGUGUUUUAGCAUUCUAGCAUAGUGUGAGAUAUCGUGCCGUGGAGAGUUGUGUGUCUGUGUGUGUGUGUGCGUGCGUGGUGUGUGUACGGUAGGCGAGAGAGAGCCGGCGUGAGACUACGUACAGCGCGUACAGUAUAUCGGGAA